AUGCAUUUCCCCAGCGCAAUUGCUCUUCUUACAGUCCUGCCGUCAGUUUUAGCCUGUAAGGGCUAUACUGGCGGUCUUCCCAAGCACACGGGGACAAAAACUCUCGGCUCUCCUCAGUAUAUUAAGAAAGGCCAGACCUUUGAUGCUGGCUGGGUCAAGUAUGAUCGCGGCGUGAAGUGUGAGAAGGACACUGUUUUCGUCCUUGAAGAUGGGGCGAAGCUUAGAAACGUCAUUAUUGGCGCCAAUCAACGUGAAGGCGUGUACUGCCUUGGAUCGUGCACUCUCGAAUUCGUUUGGUUCGAGGACGUCUGCGAGGAUGCCAUCUCAAUCAAGGGCGGCGGCACAGCCAAUAUUAUCGGCGGUGGUGCAUACAAAGCUGCCGAUAAGAUCAUCCAGCAUAACGGCUGUGGCCACGUGAACAUCAUCAACUUCUAUGCCAACGAUUACGGUAAAGUUUACAGGUCUUGCGGUAACUGCAAGGGUAACUGCCGACGGUCAGUGCAUAUGGAGGGUACUACUGCUGUUAACGGCGGGGAGUUGAUGGGCAUCAACACCAACCUGGGAGACAAGGCCACCUACUCCAACAACUGCUACCCCAAAGUCCAAUGUCAGGGCUACAAUGGUUGUGAUAAGGGUAACGGCGCUUGUGAGCCUACAAAGGCUGGCCUUUGCUAA